AUGGUGCUAUUAGAGGCAAAGCUGUCCUCGAUUCCAGAACUGAAUGAUGUCACUGGAGACACGACAAAAAAUAAUGUUAAAGACGAGGAAUUAAAACCAGAGGAAUCUAAUGAAGUGAUUGAAGAAUCAAAAACUGAAUUGGAACAGAAAGAUAAAACAAAUACUGUAGAAAAUAGUAAUACAGAGAAAACGGCAGAAGAUGUAGUAAAGGUUAAAAAGGAAUAUGAAAGAUUUGUUAAAAUGGUACAAGUGGGAGUUCCCGCGGAGGCUGUGAAAUUAAAAAUCUCUCUUGAGGGACUGGAUCCGUCGGAGCUGGACAGAAUAUUACAUAAAUAA